UAUUAAUAAAUACAAAUAACUGAAGCGUCCAAAUGGUUGUUCAUUAAAAUUAAUUAUAUAUCACAAAAAUGUGUGCACCUUUAACAACUUCAUCAAUAUAGUUUAAUCAAAAUUAAUUUAUGAUUGUAAAAAAGUAUGUUUUAAAUAAGGUGCCUUAAAAUAUACAUAUUAUUCAACAAUUUGUGUUUUAAAAUUCAUGUAACAAUUUAAAACCACACAUUGUUAAAGAUGACGCUAAUUCGAGGAACGAUUGGAUUAAUACGACGGGGUCAUGUUUUACCUCCAAUUGCAUUUAUUUCUUCACCAAACUCAAAUAAAAAUGAAAUAACAAACAGCAUCAAUAUUAACAAACAACUAUGUCGCCAUUAUUCGAAAUUUGAAAUUACAAAAAAUUUAGAAAUCAUAAGUAAUGACAAAAUAAACUCAAAAAUUUCUAAUUUACAACUUAGCAAUCCUCCUAAUAAACCAAUGGUUAUUUUAUUACCAUGGUUAUUAGCAAAACGGAAACAUAUACUAAAAUAUGCAAGUUUUUAUUUGGAUCAAGGUUUUGAUGUUUUGAAUGUUGAGUGUAGUCCAUGGCAAGUUUUAUGGCCACUAAAAGGAGUAAAGUUGGUAGCCGAUGAUAUACUUACAUUCUUGGAAAAGAAUCCAUUGUGUAAACCAUUGGUACUGCAUGGUUUUUCUGUAGGUGGAUAUUUAUGGAGCGAAGUUAUGGUGAAAGCUUUAAGUGAUCAAGCAAGAUACCAACCAAUAUUUGAUAGAAUUAUUGGUCAAGUGUGGGAUAGUGCAGUUGAUGUUGCAGAAAUUACAAUUGGAUUACCAAAAGCUGUAUUUCCUAACAAUCAAAUGAUGCAACGAGCUCUUAAACAAUACAUGAUGUAUCAUUUGAAAACAUUUGAUCAAGUAGCCACAACACAUUAUCUACGUGCCAGUCAAAUUUUCCACACAAAUCCACUAAUAAGAACACCAGCUUUAUUCUAUGUAUCAAAAACUGAUCCAAUUGGAAGUUUAAAAGCAAAUGAGGCUGCUCGUGAAAAUUGGGAAUCACUUGGGAUUAAGGUAAAUUUUAAAUGCUUUGAAAAAUCCUCACAUGUUGGACAUUAUCGAAAAUAUCCUAAAGAAUAUAUGGCAGAAUUAUAUAGUUUUAUAAACGAACUAGGUUUAGUACAAUAUCCAGAAAAAGUUAAAGUUCAACUUUAACAAUCGUAUAAUACGUUUAAUGAUUAAACGUAUCAUAAGUUA